AUGGCGAUUUAUGAGGCGACCCAGCUAACUUUGGCGAAGUUUAAAACUAGUUUGGUUUUGUGUUUAUGCUGGUAUCUGUUGGUUAUUUGUACUGAUGGCCAAAGAACUGAUCCGGAUGAAGUGAGUGCACUGAGAUCCAUUAGAAGAAGUUUCAUUGAUCCAUUUGGACACCUCACAAGCUGGAGCAAGGGGGAUCCAUGUACUUCAAAUUGGAUAGGGAUUAUCUGCCAUAAUAGAACACUGGAAGAUAAUUAUCUCCACAUCAGAGAGUUGAUACUGUUGAAUAGGAAUCUCACAGGAAAUUUGUCUCCAGAACUUGGUCGUUUAUCUAAUUUGACAAUAUUGGAUGUUAUGUGGAACAACAUCACCGGGACCAUACCGAGGGAAAUAGGCAAAAUUACUACACUACAACUUUUGCUUCUGAAUGGCAAUCAAUUAACGGGUUCUUUGCCUGAUGAACUUGGUAAUCUGGCAAGCUUGGACAGGAUACAGAUUGAUCAGAACCACAUAUCUGGACCCAUACCCAGAUCAUUCUCAAACUUGCGCAACGCUAAACACUUCCAUAUGAAUAAUAAUUCACUCAGCGGGCAAAUACCAGCAGAGCUAUCACGUCUUCCAAAUCUUGUUCAUCUGUUGCUUGACAAUAACAACUUAUCUGGACCUCUUCCACCUGAACUGUCAGAAAUGCCAAAUUUACGUAUACUUCAGCUUGACAACAACAAUCUUGGUGGGACUAUGAUACCAUCUUCUUACGGCAACAUGUCCAGGCUGCUGAAGUUGAGUCUGAGAAACUGCAGUUUACGAGGACCAAUUCCUGACUGGAGCAAUAAUACUGAAAUUGCGUACAUUGAUUUGAGCCUGAACGAGCUUAAUGGAACCAUACCAGAAGGAGCACUUUCAGAAAAUAUUACGACUAUUGAUCUUUUGAGCAACAAUCUGAGUGGGACUGUUCCUGCUAGCUUUUCGAAUCUUCCUCGACUGCAAAAACUGUCUGUCGCAAACAAUUCAUUGAGUGGUUCUGUUCCAUCCACCAUCUGGGGAAAUAGGAUUUUAAAUUCAACUGAGAGACUCUUUUUGGAUUUUGGGUUCAAUAGGUUUUCAAAUAUUUCUGGCAUCCCAAUCACUCCUCCAAAUGUUACCGUCAGUUUUCAAGGAAAUCCCAUAUGCUCAGCUGGCAACUACUUAAUUCAGUUCUGUGGGACCCACGACGAAGACUUCAGCAACAACAUAAACCUCACGAAUCCCGACACCUGUCCUUUGAAUUUGUGCCCGCCUUUUUACGAGUAUGCCCCCGGAUCACGCUGCUUUUGUUCUGUCCCCCUUUUCGUCGGGUAUCGGUUAAAGAGUCCCGGAUUCUUGGAUUUUCUUCCUUACGUGGACUCGUUUAAGCAGUACUUGAGUUCUGGUCUCCAAAUGAAUGCCUCUCAGCUGGUAAUCGACUCGUUGGCUUGGCAAAGGGGUCCUCGGCUUAGAAUGUACCUCAAGAUUUUCCCGCCUUACAUCAAUGAUAGCAUUCGGACGUUCAAUAGAAGUGAGGUCAUGAGGAUUGGAGAGACGUUCGGUGGGUGGAAGAUCCCUGAAAGUGGAUUGUUUGGACCUUACGAGUAUUUAAAUUUCACUCUCGUGGGUCCUUAUAGCGAAGUGUAUCCUCCUCGUUCAUCAUCUGGUUUAAGCAAAGGAGCACUUGCAGGCGUGAUAGUUGGGACAAUAACUGGAUCUGUUACUCUUUCUGCAAUUGUUUCACUUCUUAUCCUGAGACGGCACCUCAAAAAACACCACUCUUCUUCAAAACGACGUCCCUCAAAAAGGAUCUCCAUCAGAAUUGAGGGCAUGAAGAAUUUCAGUUACAGUGAAAUGGCACUGGCAACAAACAACUUCAACUCCUCAACUGUUGUCGGUCAAGGAGGCUAUGGCAAAGUCCAUAAAGGCAUUCUUGCUGAUGGAACAAUUGUGGCCAUAAAACGUGCUCAACAGGGUUCAUUACAGGGUGACAAAGAGUUUCUUACAGAAAUAGAAUUAUUAUCGAGGUUGCAUCACAGGAACCUUGUCUCGUUAGUUGGUUAUUGUGAUGACGAUGGUGAACAGAUGUUGGUUUAUCACUUCAUGUCGAAUGGUACCUUGAGAGAUCACCUGUCAGGCAAGUCUAGAAUGCCGCUGAAUUUCUUUAUGAGGUUAAAAAUCGCAUUGGGUUCGGCCAGAGGCAUACUCUACCUUCAUACUGAAGCCAACCCCCCAAUAUUUCAUCGAGAUAUCAAGGCUACCAACAUAUUGCUCGACUCUAACUUUAUCGCAAAAGUUGCCGAUUUUGGACUAUCACGGCUGGCUCCUGUUCCGGAGCUUGAAGGAGCUGUGCCUUCUCAUGUAUCCACAGUAGUCAAAGGGACACCGGGAUAUCUUGACCCAGAAUAUUUUCUAACUCAUAAGCUGACGGACAAAAGCGAUGUUUACAGCCUUGGUGUUGUUUUUCUGGAGAUAUUAACCGGAAUGCACCCCAUUUCGCAGGGGAAAAACAUCGUUCGAGAGGUGAACACUGCAUACCGUUCGGGCUCAAUUUUCUCCAUAAUCGACGAGCGCAUGGGAUCAUACCCUUCCGAAUGCGUUGAGAAGUUCGUAAACUUAGCGCUCAAAUGUUGCCGUGAAGAAACCUCCGGCCGGCCGUCAAUGGUGGAAGUUGUUCGGGAACUCGAGACCAUAUUGUUGAUGAUGCCUCAAGAAUUCGACCCGAAUCUAACCGAGACAUCGGUCACAGAUUCCAUGAGUGUGGGGUCCACUGCUUCGCCUUCAUCAUCUCUGCUCAAACAUCCUUACGUCUCGCAAGACGUCUCGGGAAGCGAUCUUGUUAGUGGGGCCAUCCCCACCAUUAAACCACGGUGA